UUGUUGGCGGCUGCAACUGUGAAAUCUCACUCAACUCCCUCUUGUCUCCAUUUUUCCCGCACACAAAAGACAUGUACACGCUGGCCAAAAAACCCUAGUAUCUCUCUCUUUCGCCGUCUCUCUCUCUCUCUCUCUCUCUCUCUCUCUCUCUCGCUCUACCCAACUGUAUACCAGGCUCAUGCUUUGAUCUUACUGUUUUCACGGAUCAAAGAUUCCUUUACAGAACCCGCCUUUUUAGUUUUAGAUUCCUUGCUACAAAUUUUCACUCUGUUCCACUGAUAAAACAUUCUUCCAUUCACACUCCAUUGGCAUGUUGUCUUGCUCCUCUUCCAAGAUUGCCUUUCCUAUCAAUCUUGGAUAAUCACAGUUGCACCAAAACUGUGCUUGUGUUCUUGCUGGAAAGAGAGACUGAGUGAAGCUCUGAAGAGGAAGUUCGGGGGGAAAUUAAUAAUCGGUGAGAUCGGAGGUUGGAUGGUGAUGGCAGACAAUGAGGCUGAGGUCGAUAAUCACGACAACAAGGAAGUGGGUGGGCCAAAGUCGCCCUGGAAGUCUCCCGCUGCCGUCGAUGCCGAAGCUCCGGUAAUGAUUGGUGCGGCGGAGUCUUGGCCCGCUCUUACCGAUGCGCAGCGACCCAAGAUUCCCGAUGGCGCCGCCACGAAGCCUCUGGUUACUCCUGCUCCUCCAGUUGUGCAGGGACCAGUUGGGUUGGAAAAAUCACAUGGAUCUGGAAAUCCUAAUCCUUCGAAUAAACACUCAUCAUCACGAUAUCAAAGAUCAGGCUCUAAACGCAACCCAAAUGGUGGUCGACCUUUUCCUGUAUCCCUACCCUAUUGUCAACCAUCAAUCCCACCCGUUUUUCAUCCUACAGUUUCUCCAUCUCACAUUGCAGUUCCUGGGUAUGUGUACCCUCCUGGUCCAGGACUCUUCCCAAGCUUUGAAACUCAAGCUCUUGUUCCACCAGGUCAUGGUGUUGAUGCAAGUAGAAAUAUUCAGUCUCCAUCACAAGUGGAUCCCAGUGCUUAUGUUGUCAAUUCUUUUACUAGAAGACCACAUAUGCAAGAACCCGUUGGCCAUUUCAAUCCUGCCUGGCAUUAUCAAGGAGCAUAUAAUCCGGUAGACAACAUUUCAUUGCAACAGGGUAUUGAACCAAGGGCUGUCAGAGGACCUCUUUUUUUUCGCCCAGCGGCUGGGUUCAUGGUUGGUCCAAGCUUCCCCGGACCUGCACCUGUAUACUAUGUUCCUAUUGCACCUCCAGUCUCUAAUAGGGGAUCUCAUUCUGUGCACACUAUGACAUAUCCUAUUAAUCCAGCAGCUCCUGUAGCAUCCCCAGAGACACUAGCUUUGAGGGCUAGCAUAGUAAAACAAAUCGAAUAUUAUUUCAGUGAUGGAAACCUGCAGAAUGACCAUUAUCUAAUCUCCCUGAUGGACAGCCACGGAUGGGUUCCCAUAUCCACUGUUGCUGACUUUAAAAGAGUUAAGAAGAUGAGCUCAGAUUUACCAUUCAUCCUUGAUGCACUGCAGACUUCUGUUACCGUGGAAGUUCAGGGUGACAAGAUACGGAAACGUGAAGAUUGGUCAAAGUGGAUUCCAUCUUCUGCAGAGAAUUUGUCAUUGCAAGCUCAGACUCCCCAAGGCCAAUCCGUAGAGAAGGCUAUUGAUUCCUUUUCAAAUCGUGAGGCCAAUAUGAAUAAUGCAGGCAACAUCUCUCAAGAAAAUGCUGAAUUGGCAUCACAUGAUGAAAGUUCAGUGGAACAUUUAUUGUCAAACAGAGAUACUCCGGUAGUACCAGAUGUUACGAACACCGAACAUUACAACAGGAGUGCUGCUUUCAGUGGUGGAACAAAAACCUUAGGCUGUGAAAAUCUCAAGUGCUUAGAUCUUGCCACCUGUUAUGCUUCUCUACUCCCAGAACACUCAGGAGGAACUGAAAACACAAAAUUUGAUGAUCACGAGACUGGAAGCAGGGGAGUGUUAUCAGAUAUGGCUGUACAGAAUGUUGGUGACCUGUCUAAUGAUUUUGCAAGCACAUUUAUGCUUGAUGAAGAGAUGGAGCUUGAACAGAAACCAGUAAGGAAGGAUGAUCUUUCUUCAGCUAGAAGGGUUGAUGACGAAGAUGAUGAGAUGGUUGUCCAUGAUCAGGAUGUUCAGAGACUUGUAAUUGUCACCCAGAAUAGUAGGAUAGGUCAAGAAACUCAAGGCAGUGAUAAAGAAUCAAAAUCAAUUUCCAACGAGCAUGCUUCUGCAAUAAACGAUGGCCUUUACUUCUAUGAGCAGCAGGAACUGAAAACUAAGAGAUCUCGUCAUAGGAAGAACAACAAUAGCUUUGAGAGUAGAGAUGGAAACUCCAAAUUUUCAAGCAGUGCAUCAGGAGUCUCCAAUUCAAAUGCUGGUGAUAAUUACAUCAGUAGUACUGCUCUUGAUUUGUCUGGAAAUUCUAAUUCACGAAGGAAGCAAAAUAAAGGCUUGUUGAAGCAGCAGUCAUCCCAUAAACAACGUUUUUUCUCCAGCAACAUCAGAAUCCAUGGAAAAUGCAGGAACUCUAUUGGAAUCAUAUCAGAAAGUCCACCAAGCAACUCGGUUGGAUUUUUCUUUGGUUCUACUCCUCCUGAAAAUCAUGGCCAUAGACCUUCAAAGUUGAGUGGUUCACCACAUGGGAUUCUGUCUGGCAGUAGUCCACCAGUGGGUUCCAUGCCAAAGUCAUUUCCUCCGUUUCAGCAUCCAAGCCAUCAGCUUUUAGAAGAAAAUGGUUAUAAACAGCAAAAGUACCUGAAGUUUCAUAAGCGGUGCCUGAGUGACAGAAAGAAGCUGGGAAUUGGUUGCAGUGAGGAAAUGAAUACACUGUACAGGUUUUGGUCAUAUUUUCUCCGAGACUUGUUUGUCCCUUCAAUGUAUAGCGAGUUCCAAAAACUUGCACUUGAAGAUGCGGCUGCCAAUUAUAACUAUGGAAUAGAGUGCCUUUUCAGGUUUUAUAGUUAUGGUUUGGAGAAGGAGUUCAGAGAGGACCUGUACAAAGACUUUGAAGAGCUCACCCUUGACUUCUAUCAUAGAGGCAAUCUUUAUGGCUUAGAAAAAUAUUGGGCAUUCCACCACUACCGUGGGCUUCAUGACCCGAAAGAACCCCUGAAGAAACAUGAGGAAUUGGAUAGGUUACUCAGGGAAGAAUUCUGUAGCUUGGAUGACUUUCGUGCUAAAGAGAAUACCAUGCCAUGAAAGAAGACAGUCAUUAGCUAGCAGUUGCACUAAAAAUUCCAUAGUAGAGCUUAAACGAGGGAGUUGGAGUUAGCAGCCUAUUUUUGGACAGGACAUGAAGAGAAGAUGGUUUCUGUAUAUUGUAUGCGAGUUGGUGGAUCAGGGCUGGUGACGGCAGAGUUUUGUUUUAGAGCUUUCUAGUUUUGGUAUACCUGCAUUUUUGUGGCUGUCUGCAAGCUUGAAGAGGUGCUUGUGCAUUUUCUAUGCGCUUCCUCCCUCCCUGGAUUGUAACCUGUACAUAGGGAAACCCCAAAACAAACUAAAGAAAAAAAAAAUGUUGUACUCUAGAUCUUGUGAAAUUUGAAGAAUAAGAGAUUGAGAAUUUUGUUUUGAA